AUGGUCAUCACCACCACUGUGUACUGCUUGUUGGCCGUGACUCUCUGCCUCAUGCAAGACUACAGGAACGUAGACGUGGACGCUCCAUUCUCGGUAGCCUUCCAAGCCGUGGGGUGGAACUGGGCUAAGUACAUUGUCGCCGCUGGAGCACUCAAGGGCAUGACCUCGGUCCUCCUCGUCGGAGCUGUGGGUCAGGCACGGUACCUGACCCACAUCGCCCGGACCCAUAUGAUGCCUCCGUGGUUCGCUCAUGUGGACCAGAAGACCGGCACCCCGAUCAACGCCACGGUUACCAUGAUGGCCGCCACCGGCAUAAUCGCCUUCUUCACUGAGCUCGACAUUCUCUCCAAUCUCCUUUCCAUCUCCACCCUGUUCAUCUUCAUGCUGGUCGCCCUCGCCCUCCUCGUCCGCCGUUACUAUUUAGCUGGCGUCACCACCUCCGGUAACCGGACCAAACUUGUCGUUUUUCUCCUUCUCAUCCUCGGGUCCUCCAUCACCACCGCGAUUUACUGGGCUUUAAGCGACGGCUGGAUCUUAUACUGCAUAACGGGGCCGAUUUGGUUCCUGGCAACCUUAGGGCUUAGAUUGUUCGUGCCUCAUGCACGCGAGGCCAAGCUCUGGGAGUCCCACUGGGCCUCGUUUGCACGGUUCGGUGUUUGGACGGGGCUUCUUUUGGUUUACUACUUCUUGUUUGGGCUGCACGCGUCGUAUGACACGGCCAAGGAGAUGGAAGGGCGGUGGAGGAAGAUUGAAGAAGGGACCAAGUCAGUUGACAAAGGCGUUGCA